AUGACUAUGGGAAGGCAGUUGAAUGUGAAGUGGUUUCAAGGUUCUCACGAUCUCAAUUUUGUUCUUCUUCGUCAUAACGUUAAGAAAGUUUAUAAAAACACGUUUUUAGCUUACUAUACAAUCUACGAUGUAAGGAAUGACCACCACAUCCCCUUAAGGCUGAAGGAGGAGACGAAGGUCCAACAGAGCUGGCUGCGGUACGCCUCGUGGUGCGGGAACACCACCCGGAUCGUCCUGGUCGCCGAUGACAACAACAUCUACACUCUCUCCUCCCCGGGACAGCCCGACGAGCGCCCCAUCACCACCAAUGGCAGGCCUGGCCUCGUCUACAACGGCAUUCCCGACUGGCUUUAUCAAGAGGAGUUCGCCCAGAUGCGGCAGAGCAUGUGGUGCUCAGGUGACGGAUCCAAACUCCUCUACGCCUCCUACGAUGACCGGGGAGUACGAGGGUUCCAAUACCCCUGGAUCGAGCCUCAGCCGCAUUCCGCUGUCCUCUUUCCAUCUUCCAACACGCUCAAAUAUCCUACCCCCGGAACGCCUAAUCCGGUAGUUGAACUGUGGAUAGCAGACUUAUCCUCCCUUGAAAUAGACCACCAGAAAAUAUUACCACCUCUAGUCUUCCAAAAUAAAGAAUAUUACUUGGUAUCUGCUAAUUGGGUUUCCGAAGAUGCCAAAGAAGUAGCAGCAGUUUGGUUGAAUCGAGCUCAAAACCUGAGUUUGGUGACAGUAUGUGCACCACCUACUUGGGUCUGCAUUGAGAUUCAUGCAGAACGAGCAGCUGAAGGAGGCUGGGUUAUGCCCAAAGGUGCACCAAUAUUUGCGGGUGGAAACGAAUCAUUUCUACUAGUCUCAAGGCUUCAAGAAGGUGACAGGGGCAAGUUCUCCAGAGUUAAACUUGUAACUUCAUCUGAUGGGCAACGGAGGAUAGGAGUUAUCUCACAUGGUAGGAUUCAUGUGUCAUCUAUUCUUGCCUGGGACUACAGCAACAAAAUUGUCUAUUAUUUAGGCAUAGAUGAAGAACGUGCUGGGCAAAGACAUCUUUUUGCAGUUGGUACUCCCCAGGGCGGACAAUCGGCAGCUCGCCCUGUUUGUAUCACUUGCAAUAACACUAAAAGGCUUUAUGACAACUGCACAUACUUCAAUGCUUACCUUCCACCACCACCAUAUCCUGAGGAUGGGAUAAAGAGGUAUAUCGUGGAAUGCCAAGGCCCAGGACUACCUGUGGCUGUUGCCCAUGGAAUGCCUCAUCACAAGGCAAUGAAGCAGCUCUACACAGCCAGAGGAUCUGGAAAGUUAUCUGGCUUAGCUCUGCCUCUGCAGCGCACAUUUCAUGUUCCACUAGGCCAUGGUCUGGGCCGAGCAACUGUGCAACUUCUCCUUCCGCCAUCCUGGAGGGAAGAGCUAAGAGAUGCAGCGUUUCCUGUGCUGAUAGAGGUGAAUGGAAAACCAGGAGAAGCUAUGGUGACUGAAAAGUUCAAUAUAGACUGGGGAACUUAUGUUUCAUCACAGUUUGAUGUUGUUUAUGUUCGAGUAGAUGUUCUUGAUGAGGGAAGCAUAUAUGCUGAUACUCGUUUAGUCGGUAUGAGAAUUCAAGACUACAUAGGAGUAAUAAAGUACUUAUUAGAUACCCUUAAGUUCCUGGACAAGGAAAGGAUAGCAGUAUGGGGUUCGGGUUUUGGAGGCUACAUCACUACUAUGAUGCUCAGCUCCCAGAAUCAUGUUGUUAAAUGUGGUAUUUCAAUAUCACCCAUAACUGAUUGGCUUUUUUACAAUUCAGCCUUUACUGAGAGAAUCCUGGGCCUUUCUUCAGAAUCUUACAAAGAUUAUGUUGAAGCUGAUGCUGUACAAAGAGCCAAGCACAUAGAAGCUGGUUCAUUGUACCUUCUCCAUGGUCUGGCUGAUAUCUCUGUUCCAUACAGUCAUAGCCUCUCACUAGCUGCCGCACUAGCACGCUCCUCCGUCCUAUUCAGGUACCAGAGCUAUGCGGAUGAGGGCCAUGAUUUUUCUGGUGUGAAGGAACAUGUUUAUUUGUCAAUGGAGGAGUUUCUUUCACAGUGCCUUAGCCUAGACAACAAUGAGCAAGUCGGCCUCUAGACCCUUUUUUCUAACAUCUAAAAGCGGCUUAUGAUUAAAACACCUUCGGAUAUUAUGUAUGAUAAAAUUAUGGUUACUAACUUGGGUAUUUUUACAACAGAUAAUCAUCUCCAUCUAGUCAUUAUCAUUAUUUAUUUAAACCUUUUCACUUUCUACAACAGCACAAAUGUAAAUAUAAUAGCAUUCAUUUAUAUUAAAUUAUACAAAUAUAAUUGUUCAUUCCUGUUAGAAAUUAUUAUUUUAUAACUUUCCAUAAUACUUCUGUUUAAAAAAACUUUCUGGUUGUAGGUAUACUUAUUAUAUAAUUCAUAAUUUUACUCUAUUUAUUUUAUCACACUCGCACUCUCCUAGGAAUAUACAUUUAUUACGAAUGAAUGGGUUCAUUAUUAAAAGUAAAAAAAAAAAAUAAUGAAAAUAUGUUUAACUAUAAAAAGGGAGUAAUACUUAAUACUACUUCUAGUUUAACCAAAUAGAAAUAUUACUCAUUGCCUUUUAAAAUCAAGUUUUCAAGGUUAAAAUAAAUAAUUUCAAAGUUGUAACAGGUCUCACUCUCCAAAUGCUAAAAAAAUGCUUGUGAUAAAUUAUAUGGGUUAGUACAAGUUAAAAUGAUUACAUUAUGAAUUUUGAAAGACAUGAGUAAAUCAAUGAAACAAAUUAAUUCCUCUCAGUAAACUUAAAUGCAUCUAUUUUUUAAUUAUUUAAACAAUUUUAACUCCAUUAUGGCUUUUUUGCUAAUUUGGAUUUUUUUAUAUGCAUAAAUAAAGAUCUCAGAUAUAUAACCUGAUAUAUAGGAAGUUAAUAGUAUUUAAAUAUUUUUUUAUGUAUGUUUUUUCUGAGAUUUAAAUGUCGAGGUUUUUAAUAUUUACAUACAUAAAAAGAAAUAUAUAUUAAAAUUGAAUUUGUGCUACUUUGUUUAUCUUUACUAAUAUGCAUUAAAAAUAUUAAGAUUUUAACAAGUUUUUAUAAAAAAGUUUUCAACAAAUAAUUAAAAUUAAACGAGCAAUUUGAAGGUGUUUUAAUUUUAUGUAAGGUGUCAAAUCAAACAUAAAUGACUGUUCUUUCUCAUCAAAUAUAUAAAUUUUUACUAUAAGAUUACUAAAAUUAAUCUUCCAUUUUAUACUUAAAGAGUAGUUAAGAUCACGUAUAAAAUAUAAAAAGUAUAUAUGAAAGGACUUUCAUUUGUUUGAAAAUAAUAUAUUUUUGUCACCUGACCGUCCUAGCUCUAGGCAGAUUGUUCCGCAGCUAGUUUUUGAUACUUAUAGUGUAUAUCAGGCUCGAAAAUUCAUAGAAUUUUGUAAAUAUUUUUAAUGGAGAACGUACUUAGAACAUGCUAGUGUUAGAAUGUGUUGCAGAAUUCCAUAAUAUUUGGAAGUUAUAUAACUGCUAAUAUCUGUAUAUUGGGUUAAAUCUAUUUUUAUUAAUGUCUAAACUGGAGUUUAACUUUCAAAGUUUUUGUGAUUCAUAGUAAUUUGAGAUACAUUAUGUAAUAUUGUGAUUUUAUGAUUUAUUGAAAGAUUAACUAUUAAAUUAGAGACUUAUUGUGAGGAUUGGUAAAUUAUCUAAUAUUUUGUGGAUAAAGCAUUGUUAGAAUAAAUUGUUUGAAAUAGGGCAAAUGGAUCUUAAAUUAAUUCUUUUAGAUUAAUAAUAUUUUAAUGGAAAAAUUCUUUUUAGCUAUAAAUUCGUUCCUGAGGUUUUUCACAACAAGUCAUCUAAUUUAAUUUAUUUAAAUUUGAAAUAAAUUAAACUUUUCCUAAUGGAAUUAUUUUUCUAUUAAGAGUUUUAGUGUUUAUUUCACUAUUGUAAAGAUCUUUGUUAAAAGAUAUGAUGAUGUACUAAGUUUGAUGAGUAUUUGUUAUUUAUUAAUUUUUUCUAAAUUUUAAAUAUUUAUUAAUGAAUAUGUAUGUUAGUUGUAGUAUGUGAGUGUGAACAAGAUGCGUGAUAAAUAAAUGAAUGACCCGAGUAACAGGACUUAAGCCUUAUGCUACAGCCUUUCAUAGUAUAAUUAAUACGAUUUAUAAAGGUGAUGUUCAGUUCAAAUCAAAUAUAAACAUUUUUAUUUUCAUAGCAAUUACUUCAAUGACAGGAAAUAUAUAAAUAAUUUUUUGUAUUGUUGUGUUCAAAAUAUACGUUUCACCGAGUAAAAUGUUAUAUCGAUUUGGAUUGAACAUAGCUAAAAAAAUCAACAAUAACUAUGUAUUUGUUAUUAAUUUUAAGUAUAUGUAUUGUCUGUUAUAAUAUAUUACAAAUUUUAUAAAUAAUUUAAUUAGAUAUUUAUUUUUAUGUCAAAAAUAAUAUUAUACUUAAGUUUAUAAACUGUGUUAAUUGGUCAAUUAUAAUUUAAUGAGACCUGUCAAUUAUGCAAAUUAAACUAUAUUGUCAAUGUUUUGUUUGUGUUUGCUAUAACUUAUUUUUUUUGUUCAGUGCAUUUAUGCCGAGAUCGCCGUGCCUAAUUUUAUUUCUAACAUGUUUGUGAAUUCUAAUAUUAUAAAUGUUUGUUUAAAUAAAACUGCAAAAUGUUUAAAAAAAAAAUUAAAAAAUAUAUAAAAAAUAAUAAUCAACAAUUGAUGUUAGCUACUAAGAUAGAUUUCUUUUUGAUUUUGCAUAAUUAUGUGUUAUAUUUCAGUUGAAGGUAAUAUGUAUGUUAUGUCUGAUAAUCUAUAUAGUUGAGGUUAUUACUGUUUAAGAUAACGAUGUUCUUAUAUAAAUAUAAUUUUAUCUCAUUUAUGUUAUAAGUCAUUAUAAUAAAAUUUUGAGUAAAUUUAAGACAUAAUAAAUUUUUAUCUUUUUUUAAGUAUUAGUAAUUAGCUUGAUUAAUUGGCUAAUUUGAAGUAAUUUCUUUUUUUCAUCAUUUUCCAUAGCAAAUGUCAAUAGUGACAAAUGAGACAAUCGACAAGUUUUAUAAGAAAAAUUCAUGUGCAUAGCUAUAGAAGAGUGAAGUCAGGUUUGAAUGUAGAUGUAAGAUGAGUAAAAUGUGCUAUUAUUUAAGAUGGUCUGUCUGGUUGUUAGAAUAGACAACACACAGCAUAAUAUAUUUUUGUUUUUUAAACGGAAGCCUUUAUGAUCAUUAUUAAAAUUUUAGAAUUGUAUAGGAAUUAGAGUUCAAAAUCGACUCAGAAGCUCAUUCACUUUUGAUGAUAAUCAAAACAAACAUUUUAAAGAAACUUUUUUAUAAUACAGAUUGUAGAAAACUCUGUAAAUAUACAUAAUUCAUUAUAUAUAAAUAUAUAUGUAAUAUAUAUAAAUUACAGAAGGAUGAAGACCUUUUUGAUGUUCGAGCUUUUUAAUAAUGACAAUGACAAUGUGAUUUAUCCAUUAUCGCCUUUUAUAUAUGUUGAGCUUAUCGGAAGAGGAGAUCGCUUCUUGUUGUAUUCCUUUAUAAAUGUUGAAUGCUAUUUGACUGUAUUUGCCUAAUCAGCUGUUGUAUUAUCUGAUCAAGGGUUUAACUAAAAAUUGUUUAUUUACAUAAAAUGUUAAAAUAAAAAUGUUUUUCUUUA